AGCUUUUUCAUGGUUCCGGGAGCUUUGACAACCCUAAAAAACACAUCGAUUAAAGUUGCUGAAAAUUGUUUUAUGUUUAAUUAAAUACAUGCGGAUAAUCCAUGCACUAUCUGGUGUUAUGAGCGUUAAGUAGUCAUCACUAUUUCCCGAUUAAAACUUUAGUUACUGUUGAUUUCGUGGACCGAAUUCCUGCUCCUUUAAAAGGAAGUAAAUUUGUUAGUGCUUCAGUGAGUUGUUGGUGGGUGUUGCGAAAAAAAUAAAAUUCUGGACCAGCCGAAACAUUUGUCAGGAUGACUACCAAACACAUUUAUUCCACGACCAAUUUAUCAGAUCUGCAGUUAAAGGAGCAGGGCAAUUGCCUGUUUGCAGCCCGAAAAUAUGACGACGCAAUAAACUGCUACUCAAAGGCCAUCAUAAAAAAUCCCACAAACGCCACAUACUUUACAAAUCGAGCCCUCUGUAACCUGAAAUUAAAGCGAUGGGAACUGUGCUGUCAGGAUUGUCGGCGCGCCUUGGACAUUGAUGGGAACUUGCUGAAAGGACACUUCUUCUUGGGCCAGGGACUAAUGGAAAUUGACUGCUUUGACGAGGCCAUAAAGCACCUUCAACGAGCGUACGAUCUGUCCAAGGAACAAAAACAAAAUUUCGGAGAUGAUAUUACACUGCAGUUGAGACUAGCUCGCAAAAAACGGUGGAAUGUCUUGGAAGAGAAGAGAAUACAACAGGAAAUUGAACUACAAAGCUAUUUGAAUCGGUUAAUAAAAGGAGAUAUGGAAAGUCGUUUGGCUAAUUUAAAACUUAAUGAAAAUGCAAAUGAGGAGCAGGUAAAAGACAAGCAACAGGAAAUAGAACAAGAGUGUGACGACCAUCUAAAAGAACUUAAUAAUAUAUUCUCUAAAGUUGAUGAACGCCGAAGGAAACGCGACGUUCCUGAUUUUCUAUGUGGCAAAAUAAGUUUUGAGAUAUUAACGGACCCUGUGAUAACACCAUCUGGAAUUACCUAUGAACGUAAAGAUAUAGAAGAACAUUUACAGCGGGUUGGGCAUUUUGAUCCUGUUACACGCGUGAAGCUCACUCAGGAUCAACUAAUACCAAAUUUUUCGAUGAAGGAAGUGGUUGAUACUUUUAUUGCCGAAAACGAAUGGUCUUUAGAUUAUUGAGUUAUAUAUUAUGACAUUAUCAUUGUAAUUGAUUAGAUGUUAGAGCCCAGUUCCCAUUGUCUACAAACCAGAAUAGUGAUAAUAAAUGUGGAUCUGCAACUGA